GCUGACUUGACGUACUAAAGCGUAAAUGCGGAAGUGGGAGUUGAGUCAGUUCAGCGCAGAAACAAAGCGACAAGUUGAAGUUUAACUUUAGAAGUGGAAACUUUAGUUCAGCUGCGACCUGAAACAAAGCCGAACAAAGCCGAACACAGCCGAACAAAGCCGAACAAAGCCGAACGCUCCAUCAUGUCUGCACCUCAAGUUUACGCCGCCACGACGACGCCGAACCCCAAAUCCUCCUGGUUCCUGGUUCCGUCAGCCAGUCUGGAUAAAAGUCGCUUUGUGAUCAAAGUCCUGGAAGUGCUGCUGUCCUUCACCGCCUUCAUCCUGGAGGAGGUGGUCCUCAGCUGCGUCAGCUGCUCCGCCCUCUACUUCUUUGAGUUUGUCAGCUGCACGGCCUUCCUCUUCACCCUGCUGCUCCUCAUCCUCCUCUCCACCACCCUGCACACCAGGGUGGGCAUCACCUGCUGGCCCAGCCUGGACUUUGUGUACACCGGGCUGAUCGCUGUGUUGUUCCUCAUCGCCUCCAUCGUCUUCUCUUCAGACAACGGCAACACCACUGUGGAGAAAUGUGCUGUGGCGUUUGGCUUCAUUGCGACGUUGCUGUUCUUCGUCGACCUCGCCAUGUUCUGGCGGAGUCACGGUUUCCCCUUCAGGAAAGACGGGAAGGCGGAGUCCAGUAACGGCGUCCCGCCUGCGGAGGUGGAGAAACUCAACACGCCGGCCGCCGUGGGACAGUAACCCCGUCACUUCCUGCGCCCGGAGGUCAGAGGUUACUUUGCGUGCUGUUCCUUUAACGUGACGCCAGGAGGCGGAGCUUCAGCGUCCACUUUUAAAGUCAUUUUAAAUCCUGUUUCUGGUCGUCAUCACCCGCCUCCUCUGCGAUGAUCAAUAAUCAAUCUUCCAAUAAUGAAUCGAUCGCAGUGCGGAGAGAGAGAGACCAGAAACAGGACGUUUAUUAAAAAUCUAUAUUUGUGAAGGAAGAGACACUAAAACCACAGAACCACUAAACUGCUGAUAAUCAAUACGACCGAUCAGAGCUGAGAAAUCUAUUGAUCUCAAUGUUUCGCUUUAACUAAUUGUACAAAUCAAAUACUGUGUGUCAUAUAAUUCCCACAAUGCAAUGGGGUCAGGGAUUGAUUAGAGGGAGAAGAAAGUAAAAUUAUUUGUGUGUUUCUUAUUUCUUCUCUUCUUCUUCUCUUCUUCCAUUUUGUGAUCAAUAAACCGAUCGUAGAGUCGUUCUGAUGAAUCAA